AUUCCCUGAUCCAGUUUCGUUUUCCAUUCAUUUUCAUCUCACACUGGGUUUUCCUAAUUAUUAUCCUUGUUUCGAUUAUUCAAUUCUGAUUCUUUGUAAUUAACGAAUUUUCCAACUUAAUGCGUUAUUAAGACAAGUGUUCUCUUAUUUCACUUUAUUACUCCGAAUUUAUUGCAUUCUAUUGAUUACUUCUAUCUUAUUAUUCGAUGUAACAGGUUUCGUUGAUCUCGGUCGUUGAUCCAUCAUUUCGGGAACUACUAUGUGAUUUUCAUCACUGAAAAUUACUAUGAUUUAUGCUUGAAUUUUUUAUAUUGGAUAUUGGAUGUUUUUCUAUGGUUGAUUGAAUGUCAUGAGUUUUGAUACUUCUCCCAGAAUGUCUUACCAUCCAAGGCCACUUUCUUGGAUUGUUGUUUUAGUAGGAGCACUCGCGAUUUUCUUGAUUUAUGCUUCGUUUGUUCUUGUUUCGUCCCCAAUUGGUGCUCAUGUUCAUGGGUAUUUUUACGGUAUAGGUAGUUCCGAGAAGUUAGAUUUGUCCGUAAAUGAUGCUUCUGUUGAUAAACAAAUUGAUGCUAGUUCGAACUCGCGAGUAGAUGAUAGUAAGUCGAGUUUUGUGAAACUUCCGGAGAAGGAGGGUGUGAAUGAAACAUCUGGCAAUAGUUUAGAUGCGGCCAAUACUAGAUUGCCUGCUCAAACAAAUUCGCAAGCUGGUUCGGCUUCAAGUGUGACUAUUCCGGUAGAAGUAGGUACCGAUGCUUCUAAUUUGACAGGUAGUGUUAGAUCUGAGGAACCCGCUUCUAAGGUUUCAGUCAAUCAGUCCAGUGCGGUAUUUACGACAUCAAAUGAGGCUUCUGUGACUUCUGAUAAUUCCACAUCAACAGCUGUUCCAGAAUCAGUUGAGAAGCCUGAUAAAGCAUCUGAUGCUGGUUCAGUUAAUUCAGGCUGUGAUCUGUACCAUGGGAAUUGGGUACAUGAUCCACUGGGACCACUAUACACAAACAAUACAUGCCCUGUAUUGACACAGAUGCAAAAUUGCCAGGGCAAUGGGAGGCCUGACAAGGAUUAUGAGAAUUGGCGAUGGAAACCCUCUCAGUGUGACAUCCCACGAUUUGAUCCUCGGAAAUUUUUGGAGCUCAUGAGAGGAAAGACCUUGGCUUUCAUUGGAGAUUCAGUAGCUCGAAACCAGAUGGAGUCAAUGCUGUGUAUUCUGUGGCAGGUAGAGGUACCGAAGAAUCGGGGAAAUCGUAAUAUGCAACGAUAUUAUUUUAGGUCCGCAUCUGUAAUGAUAGUCAGGAUAUGGUCCUCAUGGCUCGUCAAAGUAACAUCCGAACCAUUUAAUUAUGCUCCAGCUGGUGUGGAUAAGCUCCAUCUUGAUGCCCCUGAUGUGAAGUUAAUGGAACAUAUCCCAAACUUUGACGUGGUCGUCCUUUCUUCCGGUCAUUGGUUUGCUAAGAAGUCUGUGUACAUCUUGAACAAUGAGAUAGUGGGAGGACAGUUGUGGUGGCCAGACAAAUCUAAGCAAAUGAAGGUCAACAAUAUUCAAGCAUUUGGUAUAUCUGUCGAAACAAUUCUUACCGCUCUUGCUACACAUCCAACUUACAAAGGUCUAACAAUUGUGAGGUCCUAUUCGCCUGAUCAUUAUGAGGGUGGAGCCUGGAACACCGGUGGAUCAUGCACUGGGAAGGUUAAGCCUAUUCCACUCGGUGAACUAGUAGAGAACGGGUUCACGAACACGAUGUACAGGCAACAGGUUACAGGUUUUAACAAUGCUGGGAAAAAGGGUACUACAAAUACAUCAAAGAUGAAAUUAAUGGACAUAACUCAAAUGUUUCAAUACCGACAUGAUGGUCAUCCCGGGCCUUACAGGAGCCCCGACCCAAAUAAGAUCACAAAACGUGGCCCAGACGGAAGGCCGCCACCACAGGAUUGCUUGCAUUGGUGCAUGCCAGGUCCUGUUGAUACCUGGAAUGAACUGGUGUUGGAAAUCAUCAAAAGAGAAUACGAAGGUUGAAGUGCCUCAUGCGAUGCGCACCUCUCACAAGAUAUGCUUAAAUAGCGCAAACAUCCCUUUACCGCCCCGCAUUCGCUUGGAGGUUGCAAUUGCAGACACCUCUGAUUCUGUUCAAAUGACACCCUCUCUAUUUUAUUUUACAUAAUAGAUAGGAGGUGUUUGUAGUUAAGGGAAGUUGAAUUGUCUUUUACUAUAUAGCAUGUUGUGCUUCUGGAUUCAUGAGGUUGACUUGUGUAGACUUUAGAGAGAGGUAAAAAUAGGGACGGCUUGUAUCUUUUUUUUCACAGAAUAAUAAUUAAUAUAUGUUAUAGAGAGAGAAAUUAUUUAUUUUGAA